AAAAAGCAUUCUGUAUUGAUACAAGCGCCGUUUACUUGCAUAGAAUAAUCACUUUUGUCGCUAGUCUGUCGUGCGACUUGUUCGCUACUGGUUUUAAUUUUAUCAAGAAAGUGUGUGCAUUAUUAAUACCUUCAGAUAUGUCGGAUACUGGAUUUUAUUGGGCAAAAUCUAACACCUGUAAUGCAUCUGUACCGUUUACUGCCGUCCAGGGCGGAACUGAUUCCGACGGGUCACCAAUUUACGUAGGGAGAGCCUUUAUUAGCGGUGACUGGUGUCCAGCUAAAGUGGUACCAUCAAGAAAACAAGCAUAUGUGGCACAUGGAAGUAGGGAACACUGCGUUAGCAAUUAUGAGGUGUUGUGCGAAAGGCGUUUUCAAUGGGUAAGGACAAGUGGUGGUAAUAUUCCCCACAACGCGGUGUGUGGUGGUCAAACUUCAGGUGGAGAAAAGUUAUACAUUGGAAGAGCAUAUCACAAUUCAUCUAACACUGUUGGAAAGGUUCAUCCGUCUCAUAAAUGUUUAUAUAUUCCAUAUGGUGGGCAAGAAGUCAAAUAUGUAAAGUAUGAAAUUUUAGUAAGAUCCUAACCUUCAAAUUAUGAAUCACAUAGAGGUUAAGAAUAUAUCCGGCAAAACUCGUGACACAUUGGUUAUAAAUCAUCAAAAAUUGAAUAAUGUACAUUUAUGAUUACACGCUUUACAAAUAUAAUCAUCAAAAAACCUCAA